AUGGCAUCGGACUCCGUCCAUCGCGACACGGGGAUGAUCGAGCUGGACCUGCCUCUCCCCGACGUCAUCACCGCGACGGAUGCGGCGGGAACUUCGGCGAUAUCUACGCUUGUCGCAGGCCCAGGGAGCGUCAAACCCGUCUCCGCCGCCGAAGAAGCAGCAGCAGCAGCAGCCGGCAUGUUUCUUGCCAAUACCCCUGGCGUUGUCACUGCGUGCGGCGUGCAUGUGUGCGCGUGCUCGGACUACAAGGAGGCCAUUUACGACCUCGCGAAUGCGAGCUGGAGGCAGCUCGGGGACGUUUGUGUCAUGAACAACAAUCCCCGCAACUCUGGCAAUUCCAUCCCUGCGCGCUCCCACACUCUGCUCGAGAAGCGUGCCGAUGAUCCCGAGCUUCUCCUUUCGGCUGAAACUGCUGAGCAGGUCAACCAGCAGCACCCGCCCCAGCAGCAGGAGGAGCCGGCGCAGGAGGAGUUUUCGUUUUUCCAGUUUCCCGUCGUGCCCCAGCGCACCAUGUCCCUCCCGCUUGUGGAUCGUCCCCGCCUCGGGGAAGCCUCGCCCUUGGGAAACGACGGCUGGGCCGUGACGGGCGUUGCGGGAGCUGUGCCCGACUGGCGCGACAUGUCGGCUGCGGAGGAGGUGCGGUGCGCCGCGAUGCGCGAGCAGGGGUACUGUCUGUUCGCCAGGGGCGGCGGCGUGUGCUCCCCUGGCGGCCUUGGCGGCGCUACUAGUGGCGCGGAGCCUGGCGGAGGCGCGGAGGACUGCGGGGGCGGGCACGCGAUUUUGGAGCUGAAGCUGGCGCAGACCGGCGAGGGGAUUGCGGAGUGCGAGUUGCUGCAGUGGUUCGUGGAAGAGGGCGAGGAGGUGCGCGCGUUCCAGCGCGUGUGCCAGGUGCAGAGCGACAAGGCUACGGUGGACAUCACGAGCCGCUUCCACGGCCGCAUCCUGCGCACGCACUUCAUGCCGGGGGACGUCGUCAAGGUUGGAGAGACGUUAGCGGACAUCCUUCCUCCCGGCGCAGGCGAACCUGUAGCCACGUCAGCACCGCCACCUCACGACACGUCAUCAGAGCCACAAUCAUCGUCAGCCUCCUCCACCUCUUCUUCUUCCACCACAUCGCAAUCUCACUCCGAUCAAAGCCACGAAGUGCUGGCAGUGCCAGCGGUGCGCCACCUGGCGAGGACGCACGGGAUCAACCUGGCUGACGUGGAGGGCACGGGCCGGGACGGGCGCGUGACUAAAGAGGAUGUGCUUGCAUACGUGCAGUCACGGCAAGGCGUGGAGGAGGAGAUGAGGAUGGAAGAACAUGUGCUGGAAGGACCAGAACCAGCCAUGGCUGAACCAGGGGGGCUAGGAGCAGCAGCAGCAGGAGGAGGAGGAGGAGGAGCAGGAGGAAAGGGAGGAGUGCUGGUUGGAGGGGGGGUGGAGGCUGGGGCAGGAGAGGCGGUGGGGCGGAUGGGUGUUGCUGCUGCUGCUGUUGGUGUGCAAGGAGAGGGUGUGGGCGCGGGUGCGUGUGCGAGAGCACGCGUUGAAGACUCUAACGACAUCCUGCUGCCAAUGCGAGGGUACCGGAGGGCCAUGGCGAGGGCAAUGGCAGCAGCGCUGGCAGUGCCGCACUUCACCUUCAUGGACGAGGUCGCCAUGGAUGCUGCUCUCUCCCUGCGCUCCCAGCUCAACUCCGCCUCCUCCUCUGCUGCUGCCUCUGCCGCUGCUGCUGCUGCUGCCAGUGCCGGUGGUGGUGGUUCUGCUGCUAAGCCUGCUGCAGCUGACAAGGCAGGAGGAGCGGCGGCGGUGCGGUUGACGCAUCUGCCGAUUCUGGUGAAGGCUCUGUCGGUAGCGCUGCACGACUACCCCACGCUCAACAGCACUCUCGAUGACGCUUCCAUGAACCACCUCCGCUGCAAACGAGCGCACAACAUUGGAAUUGCCAUGGCAACGCCAUCAGGCCUCGUGGUUCCCAAUGUCAAGAACUGCCAGAGCAAGUCCAUUCCCCAGAUCGCAGAGGACAUUGCCCGACUGCGCCGCCUGGCGCUGCUGAACCAGCUGCCCAAUGAGGACGUGACAGGUGGCACCAUCUCCAUCUCCAACAUCGGCAGCAUCGGUGGCACGUACGCCACGCCCCUGGUGCAUCUGCCAGAGGUGGCCAUAGUGGCGCUGGGCCGUGUGCACACCGUGCCCCGCUUCGAUUCCUGUGGGAACGUGGUUCCGGUGGCAUUCAUGAAUGUGAGCUGGUCAGCGGACCAUCGGGUUAUUGACGGUGCCACGCUAGCUGCCUUCUCCUCGCACUGGAAGUCCUUUAUUGAGUGCCCCACCAACCUGCUGCUGCACCUCAUGUAG